AUGUCGCAAAACUUGCGUAAAAAAGUAGCUGUUAAGGCUUCUCGACGUAACGUCGGUUUGUCGCCCAAUAUUUUGUCUCAGGGUGGCACGCCCUCAAGUAGUCGUCAUAACACCGAUGAAGAGGAUGCUUGGAGUGAAUUUUCAACAGAAACUGUUGAUUCAUGGACCUCAAUUGAUAGCAAAAUAAAUGAGGAUAGGAUCUCCGAAGACGUUGACUGGAAGGAAGAAGUUUUACAAAGUAUUGAUAAUUUAGAAGAAAAGAGGACUAGCGUACGAGAGAAUGCGUUAUCGACGUUGAUUCGUCUUCUCUCUCGCAAAUAUACCUUUGAUCUGCUUGAUUCUAGGUCGUAUUCAUUGCUCGACCUUUUAUGUCGUUCCAUUAAAAAGGAAAAAAGUAUUAAGGAAAAUCGAUUGGCAACUAAAGUGAUGUCGUUACUUUUUAUUACUCUUGGUGAAGAACAAGAUAAGAUGUAUCAAACAGUUUUGCCAUUAUUAAAAUACACUAGUAUAAAUUCGGCCUCUCCAGAAGUCAAGGGUGCAUGCAUCAAAACUUUGGGAUUAGUUUGUUUUAUAGCGGGUUCUCACACUGAUGCUAUAGAGCUCCUUGAAUUUUUUUCUAAUAUUAUAAUUACCUCCGGUAAAAGUGUGAAUGCUACGAAUAAUCCGGUCACAAUUACGAGCGCACUUAACUCAUAUGGCUUACUCUUUUCUGGACUGUGGGGAAAUAGUCGAAAGGGAUCAAUAAGGUCUAGAGAGGAAUUUGAACGUGUUAUGCCGGGACAUAUCAAACAAUUAGAAUCCACUUCCAUGGAAGUUCGUGUUGCUAGUGGCGAAAAUAUAGCUUUAAUGUUUGAAUCACUGGGAAUUGGGCGAAGAGUUGAGCAAAACGACAAAUGGGGAAAUCACGACCAUUUGACACACUUGCUUAAUACCUUAGCUACAGAUAGUAAUCGACAUCGGGCAAAGGCGGAUCGUAAAGUUCAAAGAUCGGUCUUUAGAGACAUUCUGAAAACUGUCGAGGAUGGAGAUCGUAUACAAGAAAAGCUUAAGUUUAAUAAGAAAACGGUUUAUUUCUCAACAUGGGCCAGAAUUCUACAAUUGAGGGCUUUUCGCGACGUAUUGGCUGACGGUUUACAAGCGCAUUUUCUCGAAAAUGAACUGCUUCAAGCAAUUUUUGAAUUUGUACCUCCACCUACUUUAGAUUCUCCGCGUAGUAGACCAGAUCACGAUUUUAACACUGGCUCUGAUACGGACACUUCAGUUUCCAAGAGAAAGACAAAGGGCAAACAAGCGAAGAACAGGAGGGAGAAUAAACGAAGGGGGGAUCUCCUUGAAGUCGGAUAG